AUGGACCUGCUCCUGGUGGUCCCGCGGCUGGCGCAGCGAGCCGGAUCAUUCGCGCUCUACCACAUGCCGGAAGCGGUCGACAACAUCGCCGGCAAGAUCUGGAGCGGUGGCAGCAUGAUUGCCGAUGCCACGACACAGCAGACUGUCCACAACAUGACCAUCACCAACACGAGCAACUCGUUCGCUCAGAACACCGGCGCGUCGAUGCUGGAGACGAGCAUUCGUGAAGCAUGGAACAAGGCUGGGGAUGAGUCGUCUACAUCGUUGAUGAUGAGUGUCGGACAAGGGCUGGCGAAGCUGAAGAAUGUUGGAGGCAUCUUUUCGUACUUGACAUCUCGCUGGGCUAUCACUACAUUCGCUGUGGCCAUUGUGCUCAAUCGAACCCAAUUCUAUGCAUCGUCACGCGAACAUCUACGACUGAGGUGGCAUGUCCGGGCUGCGCUUUACAUGCUCCCAAUAUCCGCCUUUCUCUAUCAACUGCUUCUAGUUCUACAAGCAAUGAAGUGUCAGACAUCUCCUCACUAUCCAGAACUCCGAUACGGCGACCCUGCGAAGCACCUGGCCAUCGACUUUGCUGCCGAGGGUGGCUUCCUUCACCAACUAAGCUCCACCCUCCUCUUCUGGCUGGAUGACGCGAGUUGCUGCCAGGCGCGGAAAGUUUCCCUGAUUGGACUGGGAGACGCAAAGAGCGAAUUCCGUGGCUCCAUGUCAUUGUUGUAUUGGUUCUUCCUCACUCUCUGCACCAGUCAACUUUUCGAGACCCUCGCUUGUGCGCUACAAGGGAAAUUGCCCAUGCCUGAGACUGGUAUGACCAUCUUUGAGCACUCUCUUGCUUUCGCCGAGUGCGAAGCCAUGAUAUCAAGCGCUUUGGGCUUUGGAUUCUUCGGCACCACCAGAUCGGACGGCAGCUCCCAAGGCACUGGCACUAUUAUCACACGAUCAGAAAUGCUUGAACGGCUUAAUGUGCCACCAGAAGUGUUGCUUGUCUGUUUGAUUUCCUGCUUUAGCCAUAUCAGCAGCGCCGCUCUUGCCAUUACAGGUAUACGACAUCGAGUUCGCCUGGUCAACACGGGGCUCUGGGCUUGCUGUUACAUGUCGGCAUUCUUUUGGAGCUUCUCGAGGAUCGUAAUGGCUCCAACCGAUCAUGUUGUGGACCAUUUGGGAAUACUCCGCUUCCCCACGGUUUGUGUCGUGGGGUUUAUUCCGCAUAUGCUGAUCACGAUCGGUAUCGCCGUGUGUGGCAGCAUUUAUACAUUAGCUCUUCUUGCGACCGCCAUGUCUGUACCACCCGACAUAGCGGAAGGACUGUCCCUGCGAGGACGUUUUGCCUGGGCCUACAGCAACCUCCAAGCCAAUGUGCAGUUCAGCCAGAAUUCGGCAAUUCGCAUCAAGAUGUCCGAGGACUUCUACACAACUUUGUUGAAGAUUGGCUUCCAUGUUCUCACCGCCGCAAGCGAAGCCGUUUACCUCAAUGAAGGCAGCCGGAUACACGUAGCGCAAAUGACAUGGCUUGAGCGGAAGCGGAUCAACGAUCUUGGCGAUGGCAUUGACAAGCGCAGACGCCCAACUGUCCCACCUGAGCUGCUUGGAGCAGGUAUCGCCCGGGGCGUCAGCUUUGUUGAUCACCAGCAUGGAGCCAUCGGCCAGUCGCCCUACGCAAGGGAGAGGAGGUCGAAACCUACGGGUCAAAGUCAAAAAGCCAAUGGCAGCGAGCUUGAUACAGGACUUGGCAUGACCCAGAGAAGAACUCGUAUGCAACUUACGAUGGACUUCAUCCUCGGUAUCAGGAGAUUGAUUGUGGACUUUAACUCCAGGUUCUUUUGGCUCCUACUCAGUCCAACCGCUCGUGGUCUCCUGAAUCUGCUACGAGUGGUGGGCAUCGCUCGCAGACCUGGGUGGCUACUCAAAGCUGCCGGUCUUGACGAAAGUCAGAGACAAUCAUCUGUUCACAUACAGCCAUCUGAGACAGAGCUGCUGGGCUUCUACAUGGUGGAUCCCGAUGGACGACUUUCGCUUCCAAAAGAUGACAACGUCGAUGUGGAAGUGGAGUCACGACUCAGAUUGCAGCGCGCAGGUAUUUAUCAAGAUGAAGAGCAACUCGACAGCGAAAUGUGGAAAUGGUUCCACAAAGGUGGCUGGUUCGGAGAGCUAGACUCCAGCGGCAACUAUGAAAGACAAAUGAGUGAUGAUGAUGACAACACCAGUAUGAUUUCCAUGUCGACAAAUGCCAGCACUGCAGAUGAGCAGGGACAAGAUGAGGAAGAGGAGAGUGGGAGAAGGAMACCAACCCAGCGAAACCCAUCUGGCCGGGAAUCAUCUCCAGCGGACGUUGAUGUCGAUCUGAGCUCACUAUCUCGACUACUCAACCCACGAACCUCAGCUGACAGAGAAGAAGCCCGCCUUCUCUCUUACCGGUUACAAUCCAACCGUCCAAUGACCCGCAGCCAAUACCAGCGCACAGCACAGCAAGACCGUGCUCACCUCCUCGAUGGACUGCGCAGUAGUGGUGCCGGCCGAGCUCAAAUCUCUGAAGAAGAAGAAGAACUUGAUCUCGAGCAGUUCAUCCUAGAAACACGCCAAAAAGCUCCGGCGAAGUCCACAAAGUCAGCAACCUGGGAGACGGGUGCGGAGGGUAUGGGGGAGGGUGGGCCGCAAUGUGUGGUGUGUCAAUCGACUCCACGAGCGGUGCUGGUCUGGCCUUGCGGGUGCUUGAGCAUGUGUGAUGAUUGUCGGGUUGGGCUGGCGGCGAGAAACUAUACCAAAUGCAUUUGUUGUCGGACGGAUAUUGUGGCUUAUUCUCGGCUCUAUGUGCCUUGA